UUUUUCCCCGACCACUGUCGCAGUUCGUCACCCUCCGUCCGUUCGUACGUUUUGUCGUUGCCGUGUCGUAUGUAUACAGUGAUCCGUUUGAAUCGUUCGUUGUCGUCGCAGUGCGGAAAAUGUGAAGUGUUUUCAAACGAAUUGUAAAUUUUUAUCUCUUCCCCUAUCCUCGUCGAAAUUUCCCAAUUUUAUCGUCCCUGACCCGAUGGAUAUACACCCUCGCAACUGUCACCGGCACGUUAAAACACCGUCGGAAACGGUGUGAUGUGUGCUGGACGAAGCUGACACUAUUGUCGCCGUUGUAAAAUAAUUUCCACGGGUUCAGCUACAGCUUGAGUACCGGAACGGACUUUUGCCGACAUCAUUGUGCUUGUAUUAUACCUACUAAAUUUGUAUUAUAACUGAAGCCGAAAUGAACAAAACAUUAAUUAUGAAGAUAUUGACGAUAGCCUUGCUGACGCUUGGCUUUUGUCACGGAGAGGAAAUACCACAAAAAUUAAUCAUACAAAAUCCCUGUGUUCUAAAACAAACCUGUCACGAAUGUAUACAAACUCCGACGUGCGCUUGGUGUGCACAACCAGCAUUUGAUGGAAAACGAUGUUUCCAACCUAAUAUCAACACGAAUGUUCUAUCACAAUGUGAAGAAAAAUUUAUCAACAACCCUGAUAAUGUAUACAGUAUUAUAGAAUCGCGAAAACUUCAAAAAGCCAGUAAAUCUUUAAGUAGUUCUAGAAUCUCUAGUAGCUCUAGUAGUUCUAGUAGUUCUUCAGCUUUUAGCGGAUCUGCAUCAACUUUAGCACAUGAAGCUGUUCAAAUCUCUCCACAAAAAGUGUCUCUCAAGCUUAGAAUAAAUGAAGCUUAUAGAAUAUCUUUAAAUUAUGCCCAAGCUGAAGAUUAUCCUGUAGAUUUAUAUUAUUUGAUGGACUUGUCUAAUUCAAUGGAGGAUGAUAAAGAAAAACUAUCUAAACUCGGAAAUUUAUUAGCUGAAAGCAUGCAGAAUAUUACUUCUAACUUCAGACUUGGAUUUGGUAGCUUUGUUGACAAAGUUGUCAUGCCAUAUGUAAAUACAGUGCCAAAAAACUUGGAGAAGCCAUGUCCUCGUUGUGAAGCUUCUCCGUACGGAUUCCGAAAUGUCAUGACUCUUAGUCCAGACACUCAUAAAUUUGCCGUUAAAGUCCAAAGAGCACAAGUAUCAGGUAAUUUAGAUGCACCUGAAGGUGGUUUUGAUGCUAUUAUGCAAGCUAUUGUAUGCAGAGAUGAAAUUGGUUGGAGAGAACGCGCUAGGCGGUUAUUGCUGUUUUCAACAGACGCUGGAUUUCAUUAUGCUGGCGAUGGAAAGCUUGGUGGUAUUAUAAAGCCAAAUGAUGGUCGUUGCCAUUUGGACAAUGAUGGUAAUUAUACUCAUUCAACUUUACAAGACUAUCCAUCAAUAUCCCAGAUUAAUUUAAAAGUUAAACAAAAUUCAAUUAAUAUGAUUUUUGCUGUAACUGCUGAGCAAAUACAUGUUUAUGAACGUUUAAAGCAACAUAUUGAAGGAGCUUCUGCUGGUAUUCUUUCCGAAAAUUCAGAAAAUGUAGUUGAUUUAGUGAAAGACCAAUAUAGUAAAAUUUCAUCUUCUGUUGAAAUGAAAGAUAAUGCAACUAGUUCUAUAAAAGUCACAUAUUGGUCUAAUUGUCUUGAUAAGAAUGGUCCAUUAAAACAAACUAAUAAAUGCGAUGGUCUUAAAGUUGGCACCGUAGUUAAUUUUCAAGCUGAAAUCGAAGUGACAUCAUGUCCACCAAAUCGUAAAGAUUGGCAUCAAAUAUUCCAAAUUUAUCCUGUUGGUAUAGACGAAUCAUUAACUGUAGCAUUGGAUAUGCAUUGUGAUUGCCCAUGUGAAAAUGUUGGACAUCCUGGAUAUCUUGAGAAAUCUCCAGAUUGCCAUGGAGCUGGUACAAUAAAAUGUGGUAUUUGUGAAUGUGAUCCUAUGCACUUUGGCCGUACAUGUGAAUGUGAUGCUAAUAAUAAUCGUCACGGUAAUGACACAAAUAAGGGAUCUAGUUGUCGUGCAAACAAUGAAACAGAAAUAAAUUGCUCAGGUCGUGGAGAGUGUAACUGUGGUCAAUGCGACUGCCAUUCCAGAACUAACCCAGAAGAAAGGGUAUAUGGUCAAUAUUGUGAAUGCGAUAAUUUCUCUUGUGACCGAUCUGGUGGUGCUUUAUGUGGCGGCCAUGGCAAGUGUGAUUGUGGUAAAUGCGAGUGCAACCCAGAAUGGAUAGGUGCAUCUUGUGAUUGUCAUGCUAUAAAUGAAACAUGUAUUAUGGAUGGUAGUAGUGAGAUUUGUUCUGGUCGUGGAAUUUGUGAAUGUGGUCAAUGUAAAUGCUUUGAAGAAAAUGGGAUAAGAUAUUCCGGAACAUAUUGUCAAAAAUGUCCAACUUGUCCAGGAAGAUGUCUAGAAUUUAAGGAUUGUAUACAGUGUCUUGUGUAUAAAACUGGGCCUCUUUCCCCUGAAGAAUGUGAGAAAACAUGUACAAUUAAACCAAUUAUUGUUCCUGUUGCUGAAGCUAAUGAAGACAAAGAUGAAAAUAUGUGUUCAUACUAUGACACCGAAGAUUGUCGUUUUGCAUAUGUGUACUCAUAUGAUCAAAGUGGAAAGAUUAUAAUUCGAGCACAGGAAGAACGUGAAUGUCCUCCUCAAGUUUACUUCAUGGGUAUAAUAUUGGGUGUAAUAGGUGCAAUUGUUUUGAUUGGAAUGGCCCUUUUGUUACUAUGGAAACUACUUACAACAAUUAAUGAUAGACGAGAGUUUGCGAAAUUUGAAAAAGAACGUAUGAUUGCUAAAUGGGAUACAGCAGAAAAUCCGAUCUAUAGACAAGCUACAUCAACAUUCAAAAAUCCCACAUACAUGGGCAGAUCUUGAGCUCCAAAUGUGUCGAAAACUAAGUUUUAUACUAACAAAAUCUUAAACACAAAGAGUGUUCCUCUCAAUUGAUAAUAGAGCUUUUGUUAGAGUUUAGAACACGUGCCAUAGUUGUGUAUAUCAUAAUUAACACAGGUUUAUUUUAAAUAUUUGGGUUAAAACUCAUUAACAGAAUUUCUGUAGAUUCUGGUUCAAUUGUAUCUAAAGAUACAUCAACGUUUAAUUUCCCAAUACUUAAUUAUAAGCAAAAUAAAAAAAUAAAACAAUUAUAACUUAAAUAUGUAACUUAGAAACUACCUAAUAUUUAUUU